AUACCAACUCAUUUUUGAUCGCAUGGUACCUACGGGCGUCAUAAGCAUUUGGUUUUUCAAAUUGGAACAAGCUACGCAUGCGCUAUUGAAUAGAGUUACUUUUAGUUUUAGACGCUGUUCCAUCAGAAAAUAUUUUUUAAUUUUAUUCACCACAGCUGCUAUAGUAUAUGUCACUUCUCAAGAGUAAUUUCUUACUCUGAGUGUCACUUCAUAAUUAUGUCUAUGGCACCUUUAUGGCCCUAUGUCCACAAAACACACGUCGUACUCGUGGACGUUCUUUGAAGAGUGAAUGCUCACCCCCUAACCUUUGGUUGAGUUGGUGUGACGAGUGGAUACUGGAUAAUUGGCGCAUAUUAGCAUGUACCUAUACACUUUGCUCGAAUAUGUAGGAACAUGAAAGAUAUAAAGUAAACCUAAUAUACUGUGAUAUCUUUUAAAAGGAAUUUAUGAUAUAGACGAGACGGAGUUUAAUUUAAUUGCCUCAUAGCAUUUGGAAGAGAUGCCGAAUGACAAUUCUGUUACACUGCCGCCUAUGGCGGCCAGAAAUGCAAAUUUUGCCAAGUGGGACAUUUUAUUUGACAAAAAAAUCGUUGAAUGGAUUUCUUUCAAACCACAGUUAGGACUUCAAGUCUAUCCAUGUUAUGCUUGCAGAGAUAUGUUUGGAUCUAAAUACUCAUUUAUCGAUCAUAUAAACCGACGUGCACUAAUCUUGAAGUAUAAAUGUGUAUUGUGCACGGACACACAGCAGCUAACAUUUUACAAUCCCUGUUCCUUCCUUUUACAUGCCCGCCAGCAUUUUAACCUUUUAAUUGGGCAUAUCAAUUUGGACAAUCUUCAAGUUGCUGUAUUACCAUUUGGACUUGGGGGUUUUUUACCAGAACCUAAUAUUCCGUUGCUUUACGACGUCCAAGAGGACAACUUAGGAGAAAUGAUAUUCAUUAAUACACGUUUUUACAGCCCCAUGCCCGAAACAAUGGGACAAGCAAUUAUAAAUUUGAUCCCCAAUGAAGUUUUGUUCUUAUUUGCCAGAGAUUCAAAUGACCCUGUUUCAUUAGUGUUGCAGCAAAUAAGCUCCAACAUUCCCAAAUGUAAAUUUGUGUAUGCAGAUUCCAAUCGCUUCAUUCCAGUUCCCAAUGGUUUGGAUAUUAAUGGUAGAGUUCUGGAACAAGAGCCUAAUGCAGUAUCCUCAGUGGAAAUUAAAGAGGAACCGGUUGAUUGUUGCGAUAAUUUGGUUAUAACAAACGUAGAAACCGUUAUAGAAUCUUAUUCCAAGUAUCCCUGCUGUCCAGAGUGUAGACAGCAAGUGCAAGGUAAAUCCAUGGGUGAACACUUUCUCGAAACAAAAACGCCAUUUCAAGAAGAAUUACGAUGUAGCAUUUGCAAAUAUAUCGCACCAACAGAUUGUUCUUUGAAAGCCCACGAACGUAUUCACAACAGUGCAGCACCAUUUGUAUGUCCUGAAUGUGGUAAAGACUUUAAAAACAGUGAGCUACUGCAUGCGCACCUUGACGAGUUAUGUUUCCAUUUAAACAAGCAAGUACGAUUGAGGUGCCCCGGAAAAAAGUGUGGGAAAAUUUUUGCACAGGUCGCAACAUUCACCUCCCACUUUUCUAUACACAUGAAAUGCUUUACAAAAUGUCUUGACUGCGAUCUUCUUUUCCCAAGCAUAACUGAUUUUUCAGUGCAUGCCAAUGAUAACAAAAUUCAUGCACCUAUUAAACUUUAUACGUGUUCGGUGUGUAACGAGGAUUUCCAAGAAAACACUUAUGGCAUUCACAUUUACGAACAUGCUACAAACAAUAAACAAUGUCUUUAUGUAUAUUGCUGUAAAUAUUGCCGCAGUUACUUUCGUUCAACUACAACCUACGCUACACACCUGCUGCGCUGUUCUAAGCACACGGGACAGAUUCCAUCGCCACGAGAACCACUUCCAGAAAAACGCAAGUACAGUUUUCACAUUCUAGGAACGUGUACGUAUUGUAAUACACAAAUAAAAGGUCAAACACCGCAUGUCGACAAUAUGCCAGCACAUUGUCCGAAUUGCCUGGAACCUUUCAAAAGGAAAGAGAAAUAUGGUUUAUUUGUAACGCAAUUUAACAACUCUGUUUGGAAAAAAUGUCUUCUGUGCGAAAAAAUAAUUCAUUCUAACGAAAUUAUGUAUCAUUUUGAUCACUAUUGCCGAUACAUGAAAGCUGCCAUACCUCUUGAACAUGUUAGUGUUGAUUCAUUUAAACUUGAGAGCAAUCGCAAAAAACGGAGACGUCCCUGGGGAAUUUCGUAUAGCAAACAAAAGUCUCCGAAUGUUGACAAUGAGACUAUUAUUGUAGAACCGGACGAACCAAUUCCAUUUGAUGGAACGUACUAUUGUAAAUUGUGCAAGUACAGUACUACAGAUAGAAACGAAUUUCACAGACAUAUUGUUCAACAUCGUUGUGUCAGUACUGCUUAUCAAUGUAUGGAGUGUGGUGAAUGUUUUGUUGUUAAACCCUCUUUAGAAAAACAUUUGCUAUAUUAUCAUCAAAUACUGAAUAUUGAUGGUUAUUUCGAGUUAAACGAGUGUUUUGACAAACAAGCAGUAAAGGAAUUGGAGGAUGUCAUGCAUUUAGCGCCAGGCGAGUCUAACACUCCGGUAGGAGAAAAUCAGUGCAGAGUCUGUUUAGAACAGUUUCACGAUGGUCAGGAACUCGCUAAACAUUUUCGAAAUCAUGGUAUGGCAUUUUUGUUGAAAAAUUCAAAGUAGUAGUUACCUUUCUAUUUGUUUUGUUCUUAAUAUAUACGCUGUAAAUAAAAUGUUAAUGUAGAU